UUCUUCGUUAUAAUAGAACGAACAAGAUCAUCAAGUACAGGUGCACAUGCAAAAGGUAUUAUUGCAUUUUAUGGAAAAUCUGGAUUCUGGUUAUUACAUUCGAUACCAUUAUUUCCCGAUUCAAAUGAAUCAUUUGAAUAUCCAAAACGUUCAUUGAAUAAUGGACAGGCAUUUUUUUGUAUUACAUUAUCGAUUGAUGAUCAAAUAACAAUGGAAAAUUUAGCCAAACAUUUAUCAAUGAUUAAUCCGAAUAUUUAUUCGAUAAAUUUAACGAAAACAUUUCGUGAAAAAUAUCCAAUGUAUGAUGAAUUUUUAUUGAAAAAGAAAUCAAUCAUCAUGUUUAUCAAGAAACUAAUAUUAGAUGGAUUCAAAUCAUAUGGUAAACGUGUUGAAAUUACCGAUUUUGAUCCAUCAUUCAAUGCUAUUACCGGUUUUAAUGGUAGUGGAAAAUCAAAUAUUCUUGAUGCAAUUUGUUUUGUACUUGGUUUAUCUAAAUUAGAACUUGCUCGUUGUCAUACAUUAAAUGAUUUAAUCUAUAAAAAUGGACAUGCCGGUGUAACAAAAGCAUCGGUUAUUAUGGAAAUUGAUAAUUCGGAUAAUAAAUUUUCACAUAGUGAUUAUUCAAAUUCUCCAGUGAUUGUUGUUCGUCGUGAGAUUAAUACAAAAAAUCAAUCCAAAUAUUAUAUCGAUGGAUUUUGUGUGACAAAAGAAAAAUUAAUGGAUUUUUUUCAAUUAGUAUCGUUGAAUAUACAAAAUCCACAUUUUCUUAUUAUGCAAGGUAAAAUUGUUAAAGUUGUAUCGAUGAAACCGACCGAGAUAUUAUCAAUGAUUGAAGAAGCAGUUGGUGUUAGUGUUUAUGAACAUAAAAAGAAACAAAAUUUAGCUCGAAUUGAAAAAUGUGAUAAUUCAUUAAAUGAAAUUAACUAUUUGAUCGAUGAAUCUAUACGACCAAAAUUGAAUCGUGUUUGUGAAGAACAAAAAGCUCUUCGAGAAUAUUAUACAAUUAAAGCUGAAUAUGAUAAAAUGUAUAAAAUAUCAAUUGCAUAUCGAUAUUUAAAAGAUAAACGUAUUGUUGAUUGUGCCGAUUCCACUAUUAAAUCACAUGUUGAUUAUAUAGAAGCAAAAGUAGAGGAAAAAACACGAUUAAUUUCGGAUUCCGAAGAAUUGACCAAACAAAUUCAAACAUUACAAAAACGAUUAGAUGAUAGUAUGGGUGGUGAUCUUCAAGAUUUAGAAUCAAAUGUAAAUAAAAAACAAGAUAUUCUACAGAAAAUCAAUACAAAACAAAAAUUAAAACAAGAUCAACUUAAAGAAGAAGAAAAUGAAUUGAUUGUUGUACGAAAAAAAUUGGAUAAAGAAACAAAAACAUUGAAUAAUAAACAGAAAGAAUUUGAUAAAUUGAAAUCGAAAUUGGAACAAUUGAAACAAGAACAUGAAACAAAUGAAAAAUUAUUUAAUAAAGCACAAGAAGAUUUAGAGGCUAUCAAUUUUGGUAAAUCUAAAGGUGUUGAAGGUGAACAAGCUGCUACAUUAACACAUCAAUUAAUGGUGGCUAAAGAAACAAUGGCCGAAAUUGAAUCAAAAAUUCAUAAAUCAAAAUUAGAUAUUGAACAUACGACAAAAGAACUGUCAUCGAAAUCAAAUAAACAUCAAAUAAAAUCCGAUAAAGAUGUUUAUGAUCAAAUAAAACAUGAUAUUGAAUUACGUAAUAAAGAAAUGGAACAAUUAGAACAAGAAUUGAAUGAAAUUAAUUUCAGUGAAGAACAUUAUGAAGAAAUUAAACAAGAAAUUGUACGUUUAAAAAAAGAUUCUUUAUUAUUGGAAGAUAAGAUUAAUCAAUCACGUCGAAAAGUACCACGUUCACAAUUUAAAUAUCCAAAUUCAACAAAUAUUGAUUCAGAAUCUAUUUAUGGUGUUGUAUGUAAUUUAUUUACAAUAAAUCAUCCAAAAGAACAUGCACUGGCCAUUGAAAAAGUAUGUGGUAAUCGUCUUUUCAAUGUUAUCGUAUCGAAUGAUGAAGUUGGUACAGCAUUGAUCAAAAAAAAUCUUAAUGAAAGGCGAACAUUUUUACCAUUGAAUAAAAUUAUCGGAAGAGAUACUGAUAUGAAAGCAUUAAGAUUGGCUGAACAAUUAGUUGGUAAAGGUAAUGUUCAUUAUGCUAUUAAUUUGGUUUCAUUUGAUGGUGAAUUGAAAAAUGCAAUGAAAUAUGUAUUUGGUGAUACAAUGGUUUGUCCUAAUAUGAAUAUGGCUAAAAAAAUUGCCUUUGCCAAAGGUAUUAUGAAACGUGUAGUAACAUAUGAAGGUGAAAUUUUCGAUCCAACCGGUACAUUGACUGGUGGUGCAGAAAAUAGAGAUGAACCAUCAUUAGCUGUUGUUAAUGAAAUUAAAUCGAUUGAAGAGGAAUUACAUUUGCAUAGAAUCCGUCAACAACAAGCUGAUCAUGAAUAUCAACAACUUUUUCGUAAUUCUAAACCAUUUUAUGAUAAAAAAUCCAAAUUAGCUUUGAAACAGAAAGAAAUUGAAUUAUUAAAUCUACGAUUACAAGAAUCAAGUCAUGGUGUUACAUUGAAUGAAAUUGAAGAAAUGCAAACACGAAUAAAUGAUCAACAACAAUUAUUGAAAAAAUUGGCUGAUGAAAAAACGAUAAUUAUGAAUCGAAUCAAAGAAAUUGAAUAUAAAAUUGAAAAUUCUGAAUCAACAAAAAAACAUGAACUUAAAGAAGCAAAAGAAUAUCUGGAAGCAAUGAAAAAACAAUAUGAAACAACGGGUAAAAUGUUACAAAAAGAUGAACAAACAUUUGCCUGUAUUGAACCAGAAUUAUUACAUCAUAGUGAAAAUGUUGAUAGUCUACAGAAACAGAUGAUAAAAAUACAGAAUAAUAUUGAACAGAUUCAACAAGAAAUCAAUACUAUACAGAUUGAUAUUGAUAAUGGUCAAGAACAGAUGAAAUCAGCACAAGAAUCUUAUCAACAAUAUAAACAACAAUUGAAUGAAAAAUCUAAAGAAAUACAAAAAUUACAGAAAAAAUUGGAUUCAAUACGUAAUCAGGUGGAUGAAAUUGGUCGUGAAAUUAAAGUGAAAACAUUUGAAAUGGAAAAGAUUAAAAAUUCUGUUAAUGAUGCACAAGAUCAUUUACGAUCAAUGUUACAUAAAUAUCAAUGGAUCAAAGAUGAAGAAAAAGAUUUUUGUUCCGAACAAAGUGAAUAUCGUAUAUUAACUAUGGCAAAUUUUAAUGAAAAUAAAUUUUUUGAAGAAUUAAAAUUAUUAAAAUCAAAACAAGAAAAAUCAGGAAAAUCUGUUAAUAUGAAAGCAAAUAUAAUGCAUGGCCAAAUACAGAAAGAAUUUGAAGAACUUUUACAUAAACGUGAUGUAACAAUAAAAGAUCGAAAAAAGCUAAUACAAUAUAUGGAAAAAGUGGAAAAAGAAAAAGAUAGAGAAUUGAGAAAAGCUUGUCAAAAAAUUAAUGAAAAUUUUGGUGCCAUUUUUGGUACAUUAUUACCGAAUGCAAAUGCAAAAUUAGCACCAGUUUCUGUACGAAUCAAAGAUGGUUUAGAGAUUAAAGUUGCAUUUGGUGAUGUAUGGAAAGAAUCAUUAUCCGAAUUAAGUGGUGGUCAACGAUCAUUAGUUGCAUUAUCAUUAGUAUUAUCAUUAUUAAAAUAUUAUCCAGCACCAUUAUAUAUUUUGGAUGAAAUUGAUGCAGCACUUGAUCAAAGUCAUACACAAAAUAUUGGUUUAAUGAUUCGACGACAUUUUAAAAAUGCACAGUUUAUCAUUGUAUCAUUAAAAGACGAUAUGUUUAACAAUGCAAACGUAUUGUUUCAAACAAAAUUUAUUGAUGGUUUUUCAACUGUUGAACGAAUUAAAUUAUAAAUUAACGAUAUGAAUCAUCAUCAUCAUCAUAAUAAUCAUCGUUAUCAUUAUAACCAUCAUCGCCAUCAUCAUCAUCAUCGACGUAUUUGUUUGUU